AUGCCUUCCGGCCUCGUUGCGAGCCUGCUCGGCGGCGCCGACGUGCCGCUCGACCUCUCCGCCAAGCCCUUGCCGCUGGUGGCCGCAUCCGUUGUCGGCGUCCUCCUCGUCCUGUACCUGCGCGCGCAGCGGGCCGUCGCGCACCCGCCGCUCCUCAACCCCAAGAAGCGAUACGAAUUCACGACGACGCGUGCCAAAGAGGAGUUUGCGCGCAACUCGCGGCGGGUGCUGGAGCAAUGGUUCGGCGAAAACCCCGACAGGCCCGUCACCAUCAACACCGACAUGGGCUGCAUGACGGUCCUGCCGCCGCGGAUGGCCGACGAGAUUCGCAACGACAAGAGGCUGGGCUUUGUGGAGCUCACGCAACAGACGUUUCACUCGCAUCUCCCUGGCUUCGAGGGCUUCCGGGAAGGCACAGAAGACGGCGAGAUUGUCCGACGCACCGUCCUCAGGGAGCUCACGCAGAAUUUGAGCAAAAUCUCCCAGCCGCUGACCGAAGAGGCGUCUUUGGCGCUGCGAGAUCUCUUGACGGACAACGCUGUCAACCUCCGGCACCACAUCCUGCGCCUCGUCGCGCGCAUGUCAUCACGCGUCUUUCUCGGCGAGACACUCUGCCGCAACGAGGACUGGCUCCACGUAACACGCGAAUACACUGUCACCGUCUUCCGGGCCGCCACGGAGCUGCGCAAAUACCCCUAUGCCGCGCGUUAUGUGGUCCACUGGUUCCUCAAGAGCUGUCGCGACGCCCGCGCGCUCGUCAAGAAGACCCGCAGCGUCAUCCAGCCCGUCAUCGAUGAGCGGCGAUGCGAGGCCAAGAAAGCGAGGGCGCGCGGCGAGGAGCCCGAAAGGUACGACGACGCCAUCGACUGGUUUGAGAGGGAGACGACGGGCGGUCACUACGAUGCGGCCAUUGUGCAGCUCGUGCUUUCGCUUGCGGCCAUUCACACGACGACGGACCUUUUGUGCCAGACGCUCGGUGACAUUGUGCAACACCCAGAGAUCAUCCAGCCCCUCCGCGAUGAGGCGGUCGCGGCACUCUCUAAAGAGGGUUGGCACAAGUCUGCACUGUUCAAGAUGACGCUGCUCGACAGCGUGCUCAAAGAGUCGCAGCGCCUGAAACCCAUCGGCCUGAUCUCCAUGCGCCGCAUGGCUCUCCAAGACAUGACGCUCUCCGACGGCACCUUCAUCCCGCAAGGCCACAGCAUCGGCGUCUCCUCGCACAACAUGUGGACAGACGCAUCGGUGCACACCGACCCCCAGACCUGGAACCCGUACCGCUUCGUCGCCAUGCGCAACGACCCAAAGAAGCGACACCUCUCGCAUCUCGUCGCCACGAGCCCCGAGCAUCUCGCCUGGGGCCACGGCGCGCAUGCCUGUCCGGGCCGCUUCUUCGCCGCCGAGGAGGCCAAGAUUGCGCUGCUCAAUAUCCUGCUCAAGUAUGACGUGGAACUGCCGGAGGGCGUGGUGCCCACGUCGCGGGCGUAUGGCAUUGCCCUGUCGCACGACCCCUUUUUGAACGUGCGUAUCCGGCGACGAGAGGCGGAGAUUGAUGUAUGA